CAUGCGGGGCGGCGCCGGGAGGAAGCAGCCUCCGCCCGACCCAGCCCGCAGCAGUGCCCGGCCGCCCCGCACCAUGAGCUGCCUCAAGCUGUACAGCACCUCGGUGACCGGGUCGCGGGAGAUCAAGUCGCAGCAGAGCGAGGUGAUACGGAUCCUGGACGGGAAGAACAUCAAGUACGAGCUGGUGGACAUCUCCCAGGACAACGCGCUGCGGGAGGAGAUGCGGGCCAAGGCGGGCGACCCCAAGGCCAUCCCGCCCCAGAUCGUCAACGGGGACCAGUACUGCGGGGACUACGAGGGCUUCGUGGAAGCGGUGGAGCAGAACACCCUGCAGCAGUUCCUGAAGCUGGCCUGAGCCCCCCUCCUGCCCGCCCUCCCCUCGGGACCACCCCUCUCCUUCCCCGCGGCGCACCCGAGGGACCCGGCGAAGCGCCAAUGCUUCGAACGCACCCGGGCUCCGCGCAGCUUCUGGUGCCUCGCUGACAGCAGGGCUGCCCCGGGCCCCGGCCCCUCGCCUCGCCUCGCCUCGCGAAGGGGAGGGCCGAGGGUGGCCCCUUACCUCUUGCGUUCUAGUCCAGCAAAUGCAAAGCUGCUGCCUCGCUUCCUUUCAUUCCUCCCUGGUAGCCCGGCUGCCCUUGGGCAGCUUCGCCUCCAUGCAGAAGCACUGCACAAAGCUGGGGUCGGAGCUGCUCCUGGCCCGCGGGGUGGGAGCGGGGUCUCGGGGGAUGCCGCGAGCGGGUGGCGAGGCCGGACCCGGCGUUUCGAGAACCGCGCGGUUCCAUUAGCACAUUCCUGUACCCACGUGAUGUGAUGCUGCAGCUCCCCAGGGUCACCCCUGGCUCCGGGCUGCCCUGGUAAGUUGUUCCUCCAGCCUUUCUGGCCGUGCCAGGGCAGCUUGCUUUUUUUUUUUUUCCUCCGCAAUCUGGACCAAGUGCAUUUUGUUCUCCUGCCAAAAAAAAAGCAAGUUUAUAACUGGUGUUGUCUUCCGAGACGCUAUUAAAACGUGACUAAACCUUU